UUUUUUUGUUUUUUUGAAGGAGUGCCUUUAUAUUGGAGGUGUGAGAAGGAACGGAGUGAAACAAUUCUUGCGAGUCGAGGUACAGGAGAACAGUUUUGGUGCUCUGUAUGACGGGGAGCAGAUUUCAGUUGCAUAAACUGUCUUCUCUGAUUCUGAAAAUGUCAUGUCAGCAUGAGAGAGACAACACAGUGCUAAGGGCUUCAGUUCCUCUUGGGCAGAGUAGUGUGCUAGCCAAAAAGCAAUAGAUCCUCUCCUCCAGAUAUGAAGAUGAAUAAUGCAGAGCACUGGUUUCGAUGAUGCUGGGCUUUUAUGACUGGAUUCAUUAAGGAAUACAAAGAAAAUUCUUACAGGGAUCAAUAAUGGUGUCUUCUGGUUGCAGAAUGCAAAGUUUUUGGUUCCUGCUCAUUAUCAGCAUCCUGCAGUGUACUGAAGGUUUCAGCCGAGCAGCACUACCAUUUGGUUUGGUAAGGAGAGAGCUCUCCUGUGAAGGCUACUCCAUUGACCUCCGGUGUCCAGGAAGUGAUGUUAUUAUGAUAGAAAGUGCUAACUAUGGACGGACAGAUGACAAGAUCUGUGAUGCUGACCCUUUCCAGAUGGAGAACACUGAAUGCUUUCUUCCAGACGCCUACAAAAUUAUGACACAAAGGUGCAACAACCGAACACAGUGUAUAGUAGUUACUGGGUCAGAUGUGUUUCCUGAUCCUUGUCCUGGAACAUACAAGUAUCUAGAAGUUCAAUAUGAAUGCGUUCCUUACAAAGUGGAGCAAAAAGUUUUUGUUUGCCCGGGAACGUUGAAAGCAAUUGUGGACUCACCGUAUUUAUAUGAAGCUGAACAAAAAGCAGGUGCUUGGUGCAAAGAUCCUCUUCAGGCUGCAGAUAAAAUAUACUUCAUGCCAUGGACUCCGUAUCGCACUGAUACUUUGAUAGAAUAUGCUUCUUUGGAGGACUUCCAAAAUGGACGCCAGCAGACAACGUAUAAACUCCCAAAUCGAGUGGAUGGUACUGGAUUUGUAGUAUAUGAUGGCGCUGUAUUUUUUAACAAGGAAAGAACUAGGAACAUAGUAAAAUUUGACUUAAGGACUAGAAUUAAGAGUGGAGAGGCCAUAAUCAAUUAUGCUAAUUACCAUGAUACUUCCCCAUACCGAUGGGGAGGAAAGACUGACAUUGACUUGGCAGUUGAUGAAAAUGGCUUAUGGGUAAUUUAUGCUACGGAGCAGAACAACGGGAUGAUAGUAAUUAGCCAGCUGAACCCCUACACACUACGUUUUGAAGCAACAUGGGAGACGACCUACGACAAACGGGCAGCAUCCAAUGCAUUUAUGAUAUGUGGUGUCUUGUAUGUUGUCCGGUCAGUGUAUCAGGACAAUGAGAGUGAGACAGGCAGGAACGCCAUCGAUUACAUCUAUAACACCAGGUUGAGCAGAGGAGAGCACGUGGAUAUUCCUUUCCCUAACCAGUACCAGUACAUCGCUGCAGUGGAUUACAACCCCAGAGACAACCAGCUCUAUGUGUGGAAUAACAACUUCAUUCUCCGAUAUUCUUUGGAAUUUGGCCCACCUGAUCCUGCCCAAGUGCCUACUACAGCAGUGACAAUAACUUCUUCAGCAGAGCUAUACAAAACCACAGCGUCAACCACUAGCACUACAUCACAGAAAGGUCCUGUAAGCACAACAUUAGCUGGAGGAACAAAGGAAGGAAGCAGAGGACCCAAGCCACCGCCACCCAUUUCUACAACCAAAAUUCCCCCUGUGACGAGUUUUUUCCCUUUGCCAGAAAGAUUCUGUGAACCGACUGAGGCCAGGGGGAUUAGCUGGCCUCAGACACAAAGAGGAAUGAUGGUUGAACGGCCUUGCCCCAAAGGAACACGAGGAACUGCCUCGUAUCUUUGUGUGGUUUUAACGGGAACAUGGAACCCCAAAGGCCCUGAUCUUAGCAACUGCACCUCACACUGGGUAAAUCAGCUGGCUCAAAAGAUCAGAAGUGGAGAAAAUGCUGCUAGUCUGGCCAAUGAACUGGCUAAACACACCAAAGGACCAGUCUUCGCUGGCGAUGUUAGCUCAUCAGUGAGGCUGAUGGAGCAGCUUGUGGACAUUUUGGAUGCUCAGCUGCAGGAACUGCGACCCAGUGAAAAAGAUUCUGCUGGAAGGAGUUAUAACAAGCUCCAAAAACGAGAGAAGACAUGCAGGGCUUACCUUAAGGCAAUUGUUGACACAGUGGACAACCUGCUCAGGCCUGAAGCUCUGGAGUCCUGGAAAGACAUGAAUUCUUCAGAACAAGCCCAUGCAGCCACAAUGCUACUUGAUACAUUAGAAGAAGGGGCUUUUGUCUUGGCUGAUAAUCUCUUAGAACCAACCAGAGUCUCAAUGCCCACAGAAAAUAUCGUUUUGGAUGUUGCAGUGCUCAUUACUGAGGGCCAGGUGCAAGACUUGAAAUUUCCUCAGGGCAGUAAAGGAGGCAACUCAAUUCAGCUCUCUGCAAGCACUGUGAAACAGAACAGCAGAAAUGGGCUAGCAAAGCUGGUUUUCAUCAUUUACAAAAGUCUGGGGCGUUUUCUUAGCACGGAAAAUGCAACCAUAAAGCUGGGCAGUGAUUUUGCUGGUCGGAACAGUACAAUUGCAGUCAACUCCCACGUCAUUGCAGCCUCUAUCAACAAGGAGUCUAGCCGAGUGUACCUGACUGAUCCUGUGUAUUUUACUCUGGAACACAUUGAUCCUGACAAUUAUUUCAAUGCAAAUUGUUCCUUCUGGAACUACUCCGAGAGGACUAUGAUGGGAUACUGGUCAACGCAAGGCUGCAAACUGGUUGACACAAAUAAAACUCAUACAACGUGUGCUUGCAGUCACCUUACCAACUUUGCUAUUCUUAUGGCUCAUCGGGAAAUUGUGUACAAAGAUGGAGUACACGAAUUGCUCCUCACUGUCAUCACCUGGGUGGGAAUUGUCAUCUCUCUUGUUUGCCUGGCCAUCUGCAUCUUCACAUUCUGUUUUUUCCGUGGCCUACAAAGUGAUCGUAACACUAUUCACAAGAACCUUUGUAUCAACCUAUUCAUUGCUGAGUUCAUUUUCCUAAUAGGCAUCGAUAAGACAGAAUACGCGAUUGCAUGUCCAAUAUUUGCAGGUCUCUUACACUUUUUCUUCCUGGCAGCCUUUGCCUGGAUGUGUCUAGAAGGAGUGCAGCUUUAUCUAAUGCUAGUAGAAGUAUUUGAAAGUGAAUAUUCUAGGAAGAAGUACUAUUACGUUGCUGGCUACCUAUUCCCUGCUACAGUAGUUGGUGUCUCAGCAGCUAUUGACUAUAAGAGCUAUGGAACAGAGAAAGCUUGCUGGCUCCACGUAGAUAACUAUUUUAUAUGGAGUUUCAUUGGGCCUGUUACCUUUAUUAUUCUGCUGAAUCUUAUCUUCUUGGUGAUCACAUUGUGCAAAAUGGUGAAGCACUCAAACACUUUGAAACCAGACUCUAGCAGGUUGGAAAACAUUAAUAAUUACCGUGUUUGUGAUGGCUACUAUAAUACGGACUUACCUGGCUAUGAAGAUAAUAAGCCAUUUAUCAAAUCCUGGGUCCUGGGUGCGUUUGCUCUCCUGUGUCUUCUUGGCCUAACAUGGUCAUUUGGCCUGCUAUUUAUCAAUGAGGGAACAGUUGUGAUGACAUAUCUCUUCACAGUAUUUAAUGCGUUCCAAGGAAUGUUUAUUUUCAUCUUUCAUUGUGCCCUUCAAAAGAAAGUACGUAAGGAAUAUGGCAAAUGCUUCCGACAUUCCUACUGCUGUGGUGGACUACCAACUGAGAGUCCUCACAGUUCAGUGAAGGCAUCAACAACAAGAACUAGUGCUCGCUAUUCCUCUGGCACUCAGAGCCGUAUAAGGAGGAUGUGGAAUGACACUGUGAGAAAACAAUCUGAAUCUUCUUUUAUCUCAGGUGACAUCAACAGCACUUCAACACUUAAUCAAGGAAUGACUGGCAAUUACCUACUAACAAACCCUCUUCUUCGACCACACGGCACUAACAACCCCUAUAACACAUUGCUCGCUGAAACUGUUGUAUGUAAUGCCCCUUCAGCUCCUGUGUUUAACUCACCAGGACAUUCACUGAACAAUGCCAGGGAUACAAGUGCCAUGGAUACUCUACCGCUAAAUGGUAAUUUCAACAACAGCUACUCUUUGCGCAACGGUGACUAUAACGACAGUGUGCAAGUUGUAGACUGUGGACUAAGCCUGAAUGAUACUGCUUUUGAGAAAAUGAUCAUUUCAGAAUUAGUGCACAACAACCUGCGGGGCAGCAGCAAGAACCACAACCUGGAGCGCACACUGCCAGCCAAGGCUGUGAUUGGUGGGAGUAGCAGCGAAGAUGACGCCAUCGUGGCAGACGCCUCAUCUUUGAUGCACAGCGACACCCCCGGGCUGGAGCUGCACCACAAAGAGCUCGAGGCCCCACUUAUUCCUCAGCGGACUCACUCCCUUUUGUAUCAGCCCCAGAAGAAAGUGAAGACCGAGGGAACUGACAGCUAUGUCUCACAACUGACAGCCGAGGCUGACGACCACCUCCAGUCCCCCAACAGAGACUCUCUUUACACAAGCAUGCCCAACCUCAGAGACUCUCCGUACCCAGAGAGCAGCCCCGAUGUUGAAGAAGAUCUCUCUCCUUCCAGGAGGAGUGAAAAUGAGGACGUUUACUACAAGAGCAUGCCAAAUCUAGGAGCUGGCCAUCAGCUUCAGAUGUACUACCAAAUCAGCAGGGGUAAUAGCGACGGCUAUAUAAUUCCCAUUAACAAGGAAGGAUGUAUUCCAGAAGGAGAUGUUAGAGAAGGACAAAUGCAACUAGUGACAAGCCUUUAAUAGUGUAGCAAAGAAAUAUUAAAGGCCAUGUACAAGUAUUAAAAAGACUUAAUUGGCCCCGUGCAGGCUCCCUCGUAUCUGCUUGAAGAGACAAUUCUGUUGACCCUGUGGUUCUCCUCUGUAAUGGGGAUGACUGGACCUCGCAGUUCUGUGAAUUUUUAUAAAACAAAAACUUUGUAUAUACACAGAGUAUACUAAAAUGAAUUAUUUGUUACAAAGAAAAGAAAUACCAACAAGGUAUUUUAAGAUAUCUUCUGCUGCUGAAUUAAACAAAAUUGUGAAAAAAGAAAUAAAACACUUUCCAGCCAUUUUACUGCAGCAGUUUGUGAACUAAAUUUGUAAAUAUGGCUGCACCAUUUUUUUUUCUAGGCCUACAUUGUAUUAUAUACAAGGCGUAGGCUCUAAAAUCCUGUGGGACAAAUUUACUGUACCUUACUAUUCCUGACAAGACUUGCAAAAGCAGGAGAGAUAUUCUGCAUCAGUUUGCAGUUCACUGCAAAUCUUUUCCAUUAAGGCAAAGAUUGAAUACAUGUCUAACCACUAGCAAUCAAGCCACAGGCCUUAUUUCAUAUAUUUCCUCAACUGUACAAUGAACCGUUCUCAUGAAAAAAAAAAAAUGGCUAAAGAAAUUAUAUUUUGUUCUAUUACUAGGGUAAAAUAAAUACAUUUGUGUCCAACUGAAAUAUAAUUGUCAUUAAAAAUAAUUUUAAGACUUUGAAGAAAAUAUUGUGAAUCGCUCUUGGUUGCACAUAUGUUAUAAGCUGUUUUUCUUACACUCUGUUCAUAGUACAGUAGUAUGUUUAAAAUGCAAGUUCUGCCCGUUUUUCACUUAUUUUUCACUGUAAACAGUGUUCUGCUUUGACAAGUUAGGUUUUAUUCUUUUCUUUUUUAAUUUUUUAUUGCCAAAAACAUAAUUUGGGGAGAAAAUUGUUUUAGAAGCCAAUUAUGCCAGGCCUUGCACAAAUUUGGUAUAGCUAACAAAGAUUGUAACUCAAUUCCCUGUUCAUUCUUAACCAGGGUUGGGUGGUAAGGGGCAAAGGGGACACUGGACACUUCUCACAAACUUCCUCGUGAAUAAAAGGUGCCUGUCCUUUAAAGAAUAAAUAAAACAUAACUAUUACUCUUCCAUAUUCCUUCUGUCUAUAUUUAGUAAUUAAUUUAUUUUAUGAUAAAAAUCUAAUGAAAUGUAAAUUGUUUCAACUAAAUUCUGCUUUUUUCAUCCCUUUGUGUAAACUUGUUAAUAAUGAGCCCAUCACUAAUAUCCAGUGUAAAGUUUAACACCUGUUUGACAGUAAAUAAAUGUGAAUUUUUUUCCAAAUA